AUGCGAGAUUAUUAUUGUUACAAGUUCCAGAUUCGGUCGAGUAAUAACGUCAUUCAAUUAGGCGGAAGAUUAUUUCAACAGUUCGUGGUAGAUAUGUACAUCAAGAUAGAGACUACACGUUUAUCUUUUAUUGAAAGGAAUCAAACGAAGAUAAGAUCAGACUUAUACCAAGGUGUUGUGGAUUGCGUUAAUGUCGGUGAGGUUCAACCAAGUAGAAUUGGACUACGGGUUGUGCUUCCUGCAAGUUUUAUCGGAGGCCCACGUGAUAUGCGAAGAAGAUUUAUGGAUGCUAUGACUUUAGUUCAAGAUGACGGGAAGCCCGAUAUAUUCCUUACCAUGACGUGUAAUCUGAAGUGGCCUGAAAUCCUUAAAGAGUUAUUGCCUGGUCAAACCGCGCAAGAUAGGUCGGACCUUGUUGCAAGAGUUUUCCGUGCCAAAUUAGAGGAUCUUAAAAAUCAACUCUUCAAGAAGCACAUUCUCGGCGAGGUUGGGGCAUAUGUUUAUGUCAUCGAGUUUCAAAAACGUGGUUUGCCACAUGCACAUAUCCUCAUGAUAAUGAAAUCAGAACACAAGAUUACAAACCCAGACCAUUACGACAAGAUAGUUUGUGCUGAAAUCCCGGACCCGACAAAGUAUCCUGAAAUGCACGAGCUGGUGAUAAAGCAUAUGAUGCAUGAUCCUUGUGGCCAUUUACGACCGUCUAGCCCUUGUAUGGAAGGUGAGCCAAGAAAAUAUCGUUUUAGAUAUCCUCAACAAUUCAACGACAAGACGGUGCAGACAGAUAACUCAUAUCCGAUGUAUCAGAGGAGAGACAAUGGAAUAAAGGUGAACGUCCGGGGAAAUAUCCUUGAUAAUAGAUGGGUGGUCCCAUAUAAUCCAAAGUUGCUAACGAUGUUCAACUGUCACAUCAAUGUUGAGGUUUGCUCAAGUAUAAUAUCUGUGAAAUAUGUGUUCAAGUAUGUUUACAAGGGUCAUGACAAACAGGUUAUUCAURUUGAUCCUGAUAGAGAAGAGGUCAUUGUCAACGAGAUAAAGAGAUUUCAAGAUGCACGAUAUGUUUCGCCACCUGAGGCAAUAUGGAGGAUUUUUAGCUUGUCACUUUCUCAAAUUCACCCUUGUGUGAUGGCUUUGCAGGUCCAUCUUCCUAAUAAGCAGCUGUUUCCCAAUGCUCUUAGACGAUUAUUCGCGACGAUCUUGAUUUAUUGUGAGCCGGGAGAUGUUCGCRAGUUAUGGGAUGAACAUUAUGAUUCACUCUCUGAAGAUUAUAGACGAGACUAUGAAAAUGUUGAGGGAGUCCGAAAUAUGGUUCUUACAGACAUCGCAGUCUUAUUGCAAUCUAUGGGUAAAAACCUCGAUGAUUUUGAUCUGCCAAGUUUAAAUGCAGUUGUCAAUUUAGAAUCACGAGGAUUUCAUGGACCAGGUGGAACUGGAAAAACAUUUUUGUAUAGAGCUUUGCUAGCUAAUAUUCAUUCCCGUGGACUUAUUGCUCUCGCAACCGCUUCAUCCGGCACUGCCGCUAAUAACAUGCCAGGGGGGAGAACAGCUCACUCUCGAUUCAAGAUUCCCCUUACUCUUAAUAAUAAUUCGAUGUGCAAUAUAAAAAAACAAAGCAGAACUGCUCAACUACUUCGAGUCGCAAAAAUAAUCAUCUGGGAUGAAGCAUCAAUGGCAAAGAGGCAGGCAGUAGAGGCACUCGAUAGAACAAUGCAAGACAUCACUGGGGUGAGACUUCCUUUUGGUGGGAAAAUAAUUAUUAUGGGAGGUGAUUUUAGACAGGUGUUGCCAGUAAUCAGACAUGGUACUCGAGCACAGAUCGUAGACUCAAGCUUACGGAUGUCACCUAUUUGGUCUUUGAUUAAAAAGUUGCGGUUAACGAUCAAUAUGAGAGCACUUACUGAUCCAGGGUUUUCUGAUUUUCUGUUACGUGUCGGCGAUGGAGAUGAAGAAUCAGUAGAUGGAAACUUUAUUCGCAUACCUGAUGACAUGACCAUUCCUUACACUAGUAAAAUGAGUCGAAGGAUGCUUUGA